CCUUAUUAGACACGUCUCCUAAUCGAUCCAGCAUCCUUCUUAGUAUCCUUGAAAUUCAAAUCCUAAAGAACCAAGGGAUUUUUAACAACCUACUGCUGAUAACACCACGAGUCUAGAAGCUUCCUAUAUAUAUGUAACCUCACCUUGGCCAUUUGCUAUACAAACUGGACCAUCGCAAUUACCGCCAUGAUGACCAGCACAUCCAACCCGCCAACCAACUUCGCCAUCUCCACCGCCCGCCUUGACAUCACGUACUUCGACCCGACCAGCCCAUCCCACAGCGCCUUCCUCGCUCACCUCUGGAACACCCCCGACUUCAUCGCCACCAACGGCAAAACCUCCAUCACAGACAGCCAUUCCGCCCAGACCUUCAUUCAGACCCGGAUCAUUCCCCAAUACACCCGCAAAGGAUUCGGCCUCCUCCUCGUCAACCUCAGGCCCACCUCCAACUCACCUCAUCAAAACACCCUCCCGAUUGGCACCAUAAGCCUCAUGCAAGGCGAUCCACCAAAUUGCUACUCUGUACCAGAUGUUGGAUUCGCUAUUCUUCCAGAGCACCAAGGGCGAGGAUACGCGACUGAGGCAGCGAAGGCGGUCAUUUCCUACGUGCAACGCGAGUGGAACGUGCAGGGGGUGUUUGGGUUUUGUGCGCCGGGCAAUAUGCGUAGUCGGAGGGUGUUGGAGAAGAGUGGGCUGGAGUUCAGGGGGGUGAGAAAGUUGAGGGUGUUCGGGGGGAGGGAGAGUGCAGUAUUUGCUUUGGUGGGAAUGGAGGAGGAUUUGGGGGCUUAUGGGAUUGAUACAUAGAUAUAUUUCUAUUAGGGAAACUCCAGGAAUUUCUGGAUUACUUUGAUUGCUGACUGCUUUUGCUUCUUUACUAUCUUUGAAAAAUAGUAUCUUUCUUAGGUAGUUGAUGGAGAAGGAUCAGAACAUAAUAAGAUCUACUCAUUAAAGUAGAAGACCUGUUAACUAGGUAAGGAAUCAGGUACUGAAUACUAU